AUGGCGAAAAGAUACACGCCAAUCCUGCCCGCACCGCCGGCAGCCCUCGAGACGCCCGCCGCCACCCAAACCGCGUCGGCCGAGACCGCCAUCGACAAGCUUACGGAGUCGGGUCCGCAGGCCCACAAACCCAAACGCUCCGUAGGACGCACAGCAUGUGUGGCGUGUAGGGUCAAGAAGUCAGCGUGCGACAGCAAGCGGCCAAAGUGUUCGUCUUGCGCGAAGAGAAAUCUUGAGUGUAUAUAUACCCUCCGGCUUCGAACGCUUCCGGAAGGCCAGGUCGAGGAGAUCGAGGCCCUGAGACAAGAGAAUGGGGAGCUUCGCAGACGCCUGAAAGACGUUACUCGGAUCCUCCGUAACCUUGAAAGCUCAGAAAGUUCAGACUCUCAGUCUCCUCUAAAGUCUCUAACAUCGCCGGUCUCCGAAAGACUCUUCGUUUCCGCAGGCAGCGACACGACAGACCCACGACAGACUGUCGUUCAAUAUGGCUCGACAAAGACAUUCUCCCAGCCGGCUCAAAACAGCCUCGAGUUUGAGUUGAUGAUCCGACAUCCCAUCGCCUACCCGUUCCUGUUGCCCGUCAACAUCUCAAGCCUUGAGAUCGAGAGUUUUCUGACGCGUCUGCGCGAUCCUUCGAACGAAAGCACUGAGGGCAAUCCCGAGAAGAAGAGUCCCGAACAUUUUCAAGUCUUUGACGAGGAUUCCAAGAGUCUAUCCGAACCCAAUGUUCCCGCAGCCGAGGAAGAAGAUAAAAGCUUCUCUCACAGCAAGGGGCCCAUUUACUGCGAUGACCGCCUAAACAAUAUCGAAAUAAGCCACUGGACCAGAAUAGUCAUACCCAACGAGCUUGCUGCUCAUGCUAUUUCGCUUUACUUGUUGACCGACCAUCCCAUAAUCGCUCUCUUUGAUGCCAAUCUUUUCCUGGAUGACCUCGUCCACGAGCGAACCAAGUUCUGCUCCCCAUUGCUGGUAAACGCAUUGCUCUGCUGGACAUUGCAAGCCUUCAGUUCGAUCAGGCCGGAAGCGGCACUUCUGAGCGUCUUGUUUUACAACGAGACUACCAGGCUAUACGAGGAGGAGAAACAGCGCAACCCUUUGGAAGGACAACCGUUGAUGACGAUCACUGCAACACAACUGUUGAGUCUUGCAUGCAUGUGCCAUGGCAAAGAGGAGGAGAGCAUGAAAUACUUGAAUGAAGGGAUUGCAAUGGGCAAGGAUAUCGGCCUCUUCGAUGUGAACCCGGCCAACUCUGCGAGGAACUGGCUCGAUGAUCAUAUUGACUGGAUCAAGGCGGCUUCCUAUGUUGCUUGGGGCACAUUCUGCUGGGUUACUUUUCUCGCUUUACCACGAUCAGUCUGUGCCGAAGCUAACUUCACGGUGGUGAUUUAUAGAUGUCGAUGUCUUAACUUCCAAUGUGGUCUGAUUCAACAACCGCCCACUCUACCCAUUCCAGGCACCCAGAUCAUACGGGAUUCCACACCAGUUCCGGAGCCCUUUGAACUUCCAUCUUUUAUGGGAAAGACUUUUACCUAUCUGUGUCGCUUCUGGCCCAUCGCGAAUGAAAUGAUCUGGAAGUACUACGAUGAAGACGAACUGGCUGCUUCAGCCGACCGAGCCUCCUUAGAGUUUGCAGAGAAGGAGUUUCUUGCGUUGCUGGACUGGAGCAACUCCCUUCCGCUCGAGAUGGUACGGGGCCCUCAGACACCACACCACGCUAUAAUAGCCCACAUAUACUUCCACGUCGUUGUUACUGAUCUCUUUCGGCCCUUCAAGCACCAGCUCCCCCACCGCACGCUGCAGCUGGCGAGCUUCACCGCCGAGAAGCGCACGACCGACACCGUCUACGACGCCUCGAUCAACCAGCUCAAGCACCUCGUGCUCGUGUACCGCACGCGCUUCCCCUCGGCGUCGUACACCAUGCUGUGGCAGUACUGCCUGCUCUACGUCGCCAACGCGACCCUGCAGCAGAAGGAGGACGACACCAGGGACUCGGAGUGGUGGUUCUGGUUCUUCCUCUGCAUCGCGGGGUACCAGAAGCUCUUCCCGUCGUUCCGCGUCGUCGAGAGCAUCGUGCAGGGCCUGCUGACCAUGGCCAUCUCCAAGGGCGCCCUGACGGCGGGCGAGGGCCGCGCCAUGAUGGGCCGGCUGCGCGGCGGCGGCCAGCACGCCGGGUUCGCGCACGCGGUCAAGGGCACGUUCAUGGUGGACCUGGGCAUGGCGUCGACGGACCCGCUGGCCGCGUGCGUCGACAGCCUGCCGGACAAGUUUGACGAGAUGAUGCUCUACGACGAGUACCUGGCCAAGGAGGCGAUGGAUCAAGUUGUAAACGACAAUACACUUGGCCUUCUUGUUUCUUUGGCCUCUUUUGGAGUAUCCCGGUGGAGUCGACUAAGUCAAGCUGAAGGUGGGCCGCCAGCUGUGAAUUCGUGUCGCAAGCACGGCGUGACUCAGCUGUACCCCAAGCACCAGCCCGGCACAGCAGCACCAGCGGCUUCGCAAAUACCGUUCAGGCAGAUACGCGCGCACCAGGAUGCCCAGACCAUCACCGUGUACCAGGCCUACAGCCGGGCCAUCGCGGACCCGGCCGUCGCAGCGCAGAAGCUGCACGCCUCGGACAAGUUCCGCCACACGCGCAUGACGUGGAUCAAGCCCAGCUGGGCGUGGAUGCUCUACCGCGCCGGCUAUUCCUACAAGGAUGCCGGGCAGGAGCGCAUACUGGCUCUCAAGAUGCGAAAAGAAGACUUCAUCAAGGUCCUGGAGAAGGGUGUUCUCACAUCGCAUGGCAGCUCUGCCCAGGAUGGAGAGCAGGACACGGAGCAGGCCGCCGAGGAGGAGGAUAUAAACGAGCGGGAGCAGGGAGAGAAGGCUGAAGCAGCAGCAAGUGAGACUGGGAGGAAGCGCAGAAGACAUCGCGACCCCGCGAAACCGAAGUCUCCGGACGUCAAGAUCCAGUGGGAUCCAGAAAGGACUGUGCGGCUGGAGAAGCUCGAGUACAGGAGCAUACAAAUCGGGAUUCCGGCAGCGAUCAGCCCGCAGUGGACGGAGGAGUGGAUUGUGAGCAUUGAAGACGUCACCGCCAGAGCGAGAGAGUUGAAGAGGGUACUUGAUGAGGAGCCUGAGGUGACUGACGCUGCACUACGCGAAAAGGGAUUGAUUCCUCACGAGACACCGUUUGAGCUGCCCGAGGAGUUGCAGAAGUCGUUAGGAAUGAUCGAUAAUGCGUAG